GCCCCGCGCGGCACAGCGCGCACGCGCGCGCGGCUCGCGCAGGCCCGGCCUCGCUCCGGCCCCUUCUCUCUGCCCUGCCACGUACGGGCGGUGGCGGCCGUGCCCGGGGCUGGACGGGGGGGCUGCACCGGCGGGACGGCGGAGAAACCAGACUUCCUGUUCCCUGCAUUGACAGUGCAUGGCAACUUAUCCUAACUCUGCCCUGCAGUGAGGUGGGAAAACUGUCCCAUAAUCCAGCAGCACUAAACAGACAAGGUCUGAGGUGACAAGGAGUCCACCAUGAAUGGGCAGCUGGACUUAAGUGGGAAGCUGAUCAUCAAAGCUCAGCUUGGGGAGGAUAUCAGGAGAAUCCCUAUUCAUAAUGAAGAUAUCACCUAUGAUGAAUUGGUGCUAAUGAUGCAAAGAGUUUUUAGAGGAAAACUCCUGAGCAAUGAUGAAGUCACAAUAAAAUAUAAAGAUGAAGAUGGAGAUCUUAUAACAAUUUUUGAUAGCUCAGAUCUCUCCUUUGCAAUUCAAUGCAGUAGGAUACUUAAGCUGACAUUGUUUGUGAAUGGCCAACCAAGACCCCUAGAAUCCAACCAGGUGAAGUACCUGCGCCGGGAGCUGAUAGAACUUCGCAAUAAAGUCAAUCGUUUGCUGGACUGUUUAGAGCCGCCAGCGGAACCAGGGCUCUCCACUAACCUGCCUGAGAGUGAUGCUGUAGAUGGUAGGGACGAAAAGCCUGCUGCUGCUGACGCUAAUGUUAAGCCAUCCACUCAAGUUAUAGCAGCGAGCAUGUCUGCAUUCGAUCCGCUAAAGAACCAGGAUGAAAUCAGCAAGAAUGUCAUGUCAGCCUUUGGCUUGACAGAUGAUCAGGUGUCAGGACCGCCCAGUGCCCCUGCAGAGGAGCGAUCAGGAACGCCGGACAGCAUCGCUUCCUCCUCUUCUGCAGCCCAUCCCCCUGGGGUCCAGGCACAGCAGCCCCCCUACCCCAGCACGCAGCCACAGACAGGGCAGGUGGAAGGUCAGAUGUAUCAGCAGUACCAGCAGCCUGGUUACCCUGCUCAGCAGCCGCAGGCUCAGCCCCAGCAGCAGUACGGCGUGCAGUACCCAGCAGGCUACAGCCAGCAGCAGCCCCCGUCGCAGCAAGCGCAGCAGUUCCCGGCCUACAGCCAGGCGGCCGCCCCGGCCCCGGCCGCCGCCUUCCCGGGGCAGGCGCAGCAGCUGCCGGCGCAGCAGCCGCCGCAGUACGCGCCGGGCAGCUUCCCCCCGCAGCCCUACACCACGCAGGCCUCGCAGCCCGCCGCCUACAGCGGCUCCCAAGCGGCCCCGGGCACCUUCCAGCCGCGGCCCGGCUUCACCCCCCCGCCCGGCAGCACCAUGACGCCCCCGCCCAGCGGGCCCAACCCCUACGCCCGCAGCCGUCCCCCGUUCGGGCCGCAGGGCUACACCCAGCCCGGGCCCGGCUACCGCUAAGGAGGUGCCCGAAGACAGCGACUGACGCGUGCGAUUCCAUCCCGACAGACUCCAGAAUUUUUAAUUGAGAUUCCAAAACUGUAAUGAGGCAAAACUAUAGCUGUUAAUUAAAUUCUGCUGGGGGAGGGAAAUUACCAAAUCUUUCCUGCUUUAAAUUGUAUUUGCUUCCUAGUUUAAUUUGGGGCUGGGUGGUUUUUGGAAAACACUACUUAAAUGUCUGUAAAGUGAUUGACAUUCUAGCUUGCCUUGUCUGAGGGAUAUGAAGAUACUAGUUGGAAGUUUAGCCCACUUAUCAGGCUUGUUCUUACUAAUACCAUGAUGUACUAAAUUAGAUUCAUUCUGGAGGUCAAACUAGAUAUGAUGUAUUAUAAAUUGUAAUGUUCACAUGGAAAAACUAAUAAAAACCCUGAAUCUA